AUGGCUCUCAGAACCAUCCUCGUCACCGGCGCGACCGGCCAACAGGGCGGCGCCGUAGUCCGCGCCCUCCUCAACCACCGCAAUUUCGACGCCUCCUCCCUCAAGAUCCUCGCCCUUACCCGCAACGCCUCCAGUCCCUCGGCCCAGCACCUCGCCGACUCCAGCAAGGGCAUCGUCCAGCUGAUCCAGGGAGACUCGACCAACCCCAAGCCCAUCUUCGACGCCCAGCCCAAGGGCUCCAUCGACUCCCUCUUCGUUGUUACGACGAUGGGCAAGCAGCCCGAGGAGCAGCAGGCGAUCCCGCUCAUCGACACGGCCGUCGAGCAUGGCGUCAAGCAGGUCAUCUUCUCAUCGGUUGACCGCGGCGGCGACGUGAAGAGCUGGGACAACCCGUGCCCGGAGAUCCCCCACUUCGUGGCCAAGCACAAUAUCGAGCUGCACAUUCGCAACAAGGCCGAGAGAGACCCGUCCCAAUUCUCUUGGACCAUCCUACGCCCCGUCGCCUUUAUGGACAACUUUAACCCCGGCAUCUUCUGCAAGCUUUUUUCGGCCAUGUGGCGCGCCGCCCUUAAGCCCACCACCAAGCUGCAACUCACAGGCGUCCGCGACAUUGGUCUGUUCGCCGCCGAAGCCUUUUACAACUCGACCGAGUACGAUGGAAAGGCCGUGGGCAUCGCGGGCGACGAGUUGACUCUGGACGAGGCGCGCGAGAAGUUCAAGAAGGUUACUGGCAAGGAGUUGCCCGAGACGUUCACCUUCCUCGGUACCCUAAUGCUCUGGAUGGUCAAGGAGAUGGGCGCCAUGUUUGCCUUUUUUGAGAACCAGGGGUAUGGGGUGGAUAUAGAGGCCACCAAGAAGAUUGUGCCGACAGAGGACUUUGAGACGUGGCUGAAGGAGAGCAGCAAGUGGAAGUAGGAGGACACCGAUGUCGAGCGGAGGCGUACGAUACCCUUUUUCUGUCCUGUUUGUUUCCUUUUGUCCGGAUUUGCUUGUGGACUAAGUCUUUGCGUCCAAAUAGUUACCACUAAUUGAGUGCAUGAUAGACAAAGGUUGGGU